UGCUUUAAUAGGAGCGAGGGCCUGGCUUACUAUUGUCUGCCUGGGCUCUGAGGGUUUGUGUGUUUCUAUCUCAGUAAGAGGGAGAAUUGGGAUAAACAGCUCACAGAUGAUGGACAUUGAGUUGAUGAUUCGGUCAGUUUGGAUUAUGUAAGUGGAGAGAAGUCGUAACUAAACUAAAUUGCAUGCGAGACAUCUGUAUGCUGUAGCGGUGGAGGUCCAAGGAGCCUAGAAAUAACUAAGUCAGAAAAAGACCCGAGGGGCGAUAGGAAGUGUGUGCAUCUCAAGAGGCUUGGGUCGCAGCAGGUGCUUCCUCUGACAGACACACACGCCCGCCCGCUCCUUAUACUGACAUCUUCCUAGUCCAGUUAACCUUGCCACUCUCGCUCUCUCUCUCACACACAAGCGCUCUAAGGCUGUGCCCUUGCCCAGAGAAACUGAAGAAUGGAAGGCUCCAGAAUAUCUCUCCAUCUUCUCUUCUUCCUUCUGAUUGGACAAGCUUCACACACCAGCAUUACUCAGCCUCAGACCACUAAUGCCAUAUAUCCAACUGACAUAACCUCCAUUACCCAAGAGGAAAACACCUCCAGCUCUCCCACAGAGGCCACCACAGGCUGCCUCAUCAAGCCCCAGUUGGGCUUCAUAGUGGUGACCUGCGCCGGGGGCCUGGUCCUGGUUCUGCUCGUCUCUACUGUGGUCCUGGCCUCCCAGGUGUGCAGUCUUAGGCGCCAGGCCCGUGCCCCUCGCCCUGCCCGCAGUAACGUGGACCUGGUGAGUGGCGCGGGCUACUGGGACACGGAGCACUCUGAGAGGGGCAUAGUGGGGCCCUGCGAUACCAGUGUCAUGUUGGAGGAGGUCCGUGUGGAUGGAGAAGAGGAUGAAGAGCAGGGGGAAGAAGAGAAGGAGGAAAGGGAGGAGGAGCAGGCAGAAGGGGUCAGGGGCCAAAUGGGGGAUGUGGGAACAACUGGCGAAAUGGCCAUGCAGAUGCAGAGUUCCAGCUCCAGGGAUUUGUGUCUGGAAAUCCCCCAGGAUCUAGAGAACAUGCCCCUAGUGGUGUGAGUAGAGCAUUGCAUGCACUCCCUCUCCAGCCUCAGAGAGCCAUGGCCUGGCUCGGAGCUGAACUUCACUCAGGCAUAGAUAAACAGGCCAGAUCAGCUCCAGUCUUGUGCCUCAAGUCAAAACAAAGAGUAUUUGUUCUUUUUUAUAAGUACUCCAGCUAUAUGUAAUCAAUUUUAGGAGCUUUUACAUAUUUGCUUUGUAAACUGCAUUAAUCUGAUGUAAUUUGGAAUGAUUUUGUCUCAAAUUGAUUUCCAUAGAGAACAUUUGAAUAGGCUGUUGGGAGCAGCAAGACAUUCGUUUGAAAUAAUGUGCUACAAACAGCACACUACUGCCAACUGCCCAAGUUAAUUACACUUACUACGAAGGUUCAGGAUCUUUGUACGGGUGGGUCACAUAUUUUACAUUUGAGUCAUUUAGCAGAAGCUCUUAUCCAGAGUGACUUACAGGAGCAACUAGGGUAAAGUGCCUUGCUCAAGGGCAUAUAGACAGAUUUGUCACCUAGUCGGCUAUGGGAUUGAAAACAGUGACCUUUUGGUUACUGGCCCAAUGCUCUUAACUGCCCAAUUCGAUCAUGUUCGCAGUACACUUUUCCAACUUCACAUAAUGGCAGUAGUACUGAGAAUAUUUGAUUAACUAAGUGUAAUAAAAGGGUAUUAAGCUUAAGUAGAAAGUAUAUUUUGUUGAAGAUGGACACGCGUCAAAUUGAGAUACCUGGUUUUGGACUGGUUGUACUCUCAACUACAAUAUGUAAUAGAAUGGAAGCCCCGUCUCUAUUGACACUGUUGGCUAAAAGAUUCCUUCUCAGCAAACAAGCACUCAAACAUUUUCUCCCAUAUAUAUAACUGAAUGUGGUCGCUUCUCCCCAAGACAUUAAAUGUCAAACAUUUUAUAAUAUAUGUUGUCCAAUCUAACUGUCCUGUCUACCUGUAUUAAAAAAUAUAUAAUAAUAAAACACUCAAAUAUGCCAACAUGCUUGCUCAUCAGAUGUGAGAUCAGUUAGAAUUAUUACUUUCCACCAACUUGAUGUGAACUUCCUUCCUUUCAUCUGAAGUGAUUCCAUGCACAAAUACUAUACCAAGGGUAGACUUUGAACAUCUUGGUGCCAUCCUUGGCUGGGCACAGAGACGGCAUUGGGCCUGCCAAGCCUACUUGUUGAAUUAAUAAGUCUCCCCCUCAACCUUCACGUGUCAGUCAAGCAGUCCAGUCACAGAACUCCUAACUCUUUUGUUUCCACUCCUCUCUACUAAGUCUAACUUCUUUUCUCUUUUCUGUAAAAUUACAAUAUUUGUUUAAAUGCCACAACCCAAAUAAAUGGCAGUUUUGUGAA